UAUUUUAUGGUUUUACAAAAUGUAAUAUUUUACCAAGUUUCAUGUGUACACCACCUGAAGAGAAUUUUAAUUACAUUUGGGUGAGUUACAAAAUACGAGGUCUCAGUUAAUCGGUGGACUAAAGUUACAUAUACAGUGAUUGUAUUCGAAGUCCACCUUAUCAUAUCUACCACUCCUAUCAUAAUCUUUGACCUGCGACUACAUCAAUUACUCCAAGCCACUACACAUAGAUUGUUGAUUCUCUCCUUUCAUUGAGUACCCUACAGACCUUGAUACCUACAAUGAUUGCCGUCAUUACUUGGUUUUUGGGCUGCACCAUCAUUGCGGCAAUCUCGAUUGUGUUAGCCGCUUACCUGUUCUUCUCUCCAGUCUACAGUUACUUUAAGACACGUGGAAUCCCCUUUGAACAUGGUACAUUUCCUCUGGGAACCCUCUGGCCAGUAUUCCGCGUCAAGAAAUCGUACACACAACUGAUGUUGCACAUGUACAAUAAGCACAAAGGAAAAAAGUUCGUCGGAUUCUUUCAAUUUUUUAGGAAGAGUGUGUUGAUAAUUGAUCCAGACCUGUUGAGAAACGUUCUCGUGAAAGACUUCGAGUACUUCGACAGCAAGAGCCUCCACUACAACAAGGAGCUGGAGCCGCUCACUGCCCACUUGUUUGCUUUAGAUGGCCACGAAUGGAAAGUGCUCAGGACUAAAAUUGCUCCUGCAUUUUCAUCUGGGAAACUCAAAGGGAUGUUCCAGGUCAUUUUAGAUGUUGGAGACCAACUGAGAGAGUACACAUCCAAAAUGACAGCAGAGAGUGAAGAGCUGGAGUGUAAGGAUCUGUUUCUCAGAUACGGGCUUGCGAUCAUCGCCAGCACGGCUUUUGGUAUUGAAAGCGACGUCCUCACUGACAAGUCUUCGACGUUCUUCGAGAUGGCCGAGACUAUAACUGAGCCUACUCUCGGCGGUAUGUUCCGGAUGGGCCUCAUGAUGUACGGAGGGAACAUCGCUAAACAGUUCAACUUGAGGAUUUUACCGAAGAAGUCCCACGAAUUCUUCUUCAACCUGGCGAAAGAUACUGUUCAGUAUAGAGAGACUCAUGAGAAGACCAGAAACGAUGUCAUGCAGUUGUUGAUCCAGCUUCUCAGAAAAGGAGGGAAAUAUGCCGAUGAAGAUAUCAGUAUCACAGUGGAGGAAUUGGCAGCACAAACAUUUGUGUUUAUCUUGGCUGGGUACGAGACCACUUCUACCUCUAUGAGUUUCUUUCUGUACGAGAUGGCGAUGAACCCAGAGGUACAGGAGCGGGUCCACGCGGAGGUCGACGCUGUGGAUGAGAUAACGUAUGACACUCUGGCUGGCAUGGAAUAUCUCGAGAUGGCUCUUGAUGAAACCCUCAGGAAACACGUACCGUUGGGUUUCUUAAGCAGAGUAUGUUCCAAAGACUACCUGGUUCCUGGCACAAAUCAUGUCAUAGAGAAAGGCACAGAUGUGGUGAUCUCAGUUACAGGCCUGCACAGCGAUCCCGACCUGUUCCCUGAGCCAGAACGGUUCAUUCCUGAACGGUUCAGCAAGGAGAACAAGGGCAACAUUAAACCGUUUUCGUACAUGCCUUUCGGAGAGGGCCCUAGAUUUUGCAUAGGAAUGCGGAUGGGCAAGGUGGCGGUCAAGGCUGGAUUGGCAAUGUUGAUGAAACGGUUCUCAAUACAAACAACUUCCAGGACACCAAAUCCUCUCAAGUAUGAUCCUCACACCAUCAACACAGUGGCGGUUGGUGGGAUGUGGCUGCGGCUGGUAGACAGAAAGUCAUAGAGAGUUAUCUUAUUCUUUUAAUUGCCUUUUAUGAUUUACAACAAUCACGACACACAAUUAUAACUUUCACCAGCGAUUUUCUUAUCUCAAAAUUUAUUUCAUUCGACUUUAUCUUUGAAAGAUAUUUAACGUUCAUUUUUAUAUAUUGAUCAGCUUUAAAUUCUUCUCAGAUUUAAUUUCGUUAGUGUUAUUUCCAAAUUGCCCUUGUUUCUCUUUUAGAUCUCCAUUUAAAAUGGCAAAUUGAUAAUUGACAAUUUUAUUCUUGUCACUACGUGUUUAACAAUUUGUAUGCACAAAUUAUCUUAAUUUUUAAAUAUCCAGGGAACGGUUUUGAUAUUUCUGAAUGUAUUAUAUUACAGUUAAGCUUUCAAAAUGAGUAAGGUAUGUGAAUAAUAAAUAGGGACGUAUUUACAGGGUUUUCAAUAUAUUUUAUAAAGUAUAGUCCGGAAAGUUCAAGCAAGGGUUGAAAUAAACUCACUUGAUCGGACAAUGAGAUGAAACAGAUGUGAGAAAGACGUGAAAUUGUUUAUUAAAGAAGAAUAUCGACCAAGAUAAGUAAGAUUAAAGUAUUAUGAGUAAAGAAUUAUUUAAUAAUGUCGAUUAAUUUAUUUAUAUGUGUUGUGUACUCAUUAUAUGACAUGAAGAAACACAAGCCAAUACUAUAUUGUUUAUGUUUAUUUAUAGUAUUGCUGUAUAAAUAUCCACAAUUAGAAUAUAUUUAGUGUUUAAUUAUAAAAAUGCAUUUUAUAGGUAGUAACUGUCUUGCUUUUUAGUUGAUAAAAUGUGUGAAAAUAUUA